AUGUCCGCAAGCGACUUGUUCACUGCAACGUCCUUGUUUUCCCUUGCCGGCGUUGCGGGAAUUGCGUUGACCGCUUCCACGGGUGCCAAGACCCUGCUGCCCAAGGAUGCGACCUCCAAGGACCGGUUCGUCUUCGUGUGGCUGGCCUUCGACGCACUGGUUCAUUUCCUAUACGAAGGCUCGUUCCUGUACUACUCUACCUUCGGGCGCCAGGUCAUCCUGAGCGAAGCCCCCCUUGCGGAGAUGUGGAUUCUCGGAACCGACGGUCGCGCUGGGCCGCUUUGCUGCUACAUUCUGAAGCAGCUUGUCUCUAAUGACCCUGCGAGGUAUUACUGGAUCGUGGUCUUGAGUACCUCCAUACAACUCGGUUGGAUGACCUUUUGCCCGGAAUGGCUUACCGGUAGCCCGAAUCUGAAUACCUCAAAUGCCCUCCAUUUGUGGUUCAUGAAUGUGAUCUCGGUCUUCAUACCGAUUUGGCUGAUGGUUGAUUCCUACUCUCAUAUUGCCGGGGCAGUGCGUGCUCAAGUUUCUACCAAGGCCAAGAGCGCGUAG